AGUGGAGGGUGGUGGGUAGGGGGGAGGGGUUAGAGAUGAAGGAUUCCAAAACUUAUUCGUUCCCUCUACUACUGCCGUCUCCUAAGAUUUGGAUCCUCAGAACUGAAAGCCGUUUCUGUAACCGAUUCCAUAUUCUUUGUGGAAACCAAACUCGAUUCCGAGAUCAAUGGAAGGAGACAUCAGACACGACUGAUUCCCGCUGGAAAACCUAACUCUUGGAGGUAGAUCUGAAUUUCAUCAUCUAUCCCCACACAUUUCUCAUUUGAAACAUUAAAGUUCAAGAGAGAUGUUUGGAGGCGAUAAUGGCAAUCCAGUCUUUCCUGUUUUCCUCGAGGAAAACCGGUUUCAGUAUGAUUCUAAUGCCUCAACUCAGCUGCAGUUAUUUGGAAAUUUACCAGCUGGUUGCAGUGUUGAUCCAGUGAAUUAUGUGGGAAAUGAGCAUGUCUCUGCCAUGAACCGGCCAACAAAAAGGAGCAGGGAAACAGAAGAUAUUCUGAAGCAGCAAAGGCUCCAAAUCUCCUUGAAUACUAAUUUUUGUCAAGAUGAGGUUGACCGAUCACCAAGUGUUCCUAACCUGAAUCUUGUUUCAACUGGACUGAGGCUGUCAUAUGAUGAUGAUGAACGCAACUCCUCUGUUACUUCUGCAAGUGGAAGCAUGGCAGCAGCCCUUCCUGUCAUUCUGUCCCUUGGGGACAGCCUAAGGACUGAGAUUGAUCGGCAGAAGGAAGAGUUUGACCAUUAUAUCAGAGUUCAGGAAGAACACAUUGCAAAGGGAGUGAGGGAGAUGAAGCAAAGACACAUGGCCUCUUUCCUAAAUGCCAUAGAGAAAGGAGUUGGGAGGAAGCUACGAGAGAAAGAGCUUGAGAUAGAGAACAUGAAUAGGAAGAACAGGGAACUGCUUGAGAGAAUAAAGCAGGUAGCAGUGGAAGCCCAGUCAUGGCACUACCGAGCCAAGUACAACGAAUCAGUGGUCAACGUCUUGAAAAACAAUCUCAAACAGGCCAUUGCACAGGGUGCUGACCAAGGAAAAGAAGGCUGUGGAGACAGUGAAGUAGAUGAUGCAGCAUCCUCUUACAUUGAUCAGAACAACCGCAUGAGCUUUCCAGGUGGGUCUGGGACUAGCCACCAAGCACUGAAGGAGCAGAUGACUUGCAAAGCGUGCAAAAGUAAGGAGGUUUCCAUACUGUUAUUGCCUUGUAGGCAUCUGUGCUUGUGUAUGGACUGCGAGGGGUUUAUUGAUGUAUGCCCUGUUUGCCAGUCGAUGAAGACUGCGAGUGUUCAGGUAUACAUGUCCUGAUUCCCGGGAACCCAAGUAUAUGGAAUCCCAAAGUUAAUCAUACUCCCCAAAGCUUAAAAAUUUGAGUGUUGCAUUGCAUCCUGGAGAUGUGAGGAACGUUCAGAGAAUAGUAAACCUUAAUGAAUGAGUUGUGGUGAUUUAUUCCUUUGUCCCAA